UAAAGGGACACUCACCUUCUUUCGUCUGCUUCGCCUCUCUCUGUUCCUCUCGCUCUCAAAAAUACUAUAAGAUGAAUGUGACGUUGAAGUCCCUUUCGGCCUUAAACCCUAACCCUAGCUACGUCUCGUUUCCGUCCAAGAUGUCGACGUUGGUGCCGUCUCUAAGGUUCGAUCCCCUCCUCAGGCCUCGCUUCUGCAGGUUCUCUGUUAUGCCGAAAGCUGUUUCUCCCAAGCUACUUGGGGCUCGUUUUCUCUCUCUUGAGCGACGGAACUCCUGGAAACCUCCGGUUCUAACUUACGCAGCCUCUCACGAGGAGUCGAACAAUAUAGAUAUUGAAGUAGAGAAGGAUAAGGAAGAUAUCAAAUUGGAUGCCGAAGGCUCACAAGAAGCUUGGGAGCAAGUUCUAGAUUCUUUCAAAGAACAAGCCUUGAAGAUGCAAAGCAUUUCCCAAGAAGCAUACGAGGUAUACUCCAAGAAAGCAGUUAUCAUCCUAAAAGAAACUUCAGAACAGUUAAAAAUACAGGCAGAAAAGGCAAAGCACGAUUUGAGUGUGGUAGCAAAGGAAAUUAGUGAAGAAGGUAAAGUAUAUCUCACCUCAGCUGCAGAGAAUUCCCCUGAACCGGUGAAGGAGAUUGUGGAGACAUAUACUUCCUCAACUGAUGAUCUGAACGAAAUUUCAAGAGUCCAUGACUUCCACGUUGGGAUACCAUAUGGUCUGAUCCUUUCUCUUGGUGGCUUUCUUUCCUUCAUGCUGACGGGAAGCAUUGGUGCCAUUAGGUUUGGUGUUAUACUAGGUGGUACUCUUUUGUCUUUAAGCAUUUUAAGCUUGAAAUCGUAUGGAAAAGGAGAAGCAUUUCCUCUGGCCUUGAAAGGUCAAGCAGCAAUAGCAAGUAUAAUAUCUUUACGGGAGAUACUCACGCUGUCUCGGGCUCCAUCAUUUCUGAGUUAUUUUACAACCUUCAUCAGCGGUGCGGUGGUAGCAUUCUAUGUUUAUAGGAUCCUUCUGAAUCGUAAAAGGAAGAGAGGCUCAAACUUGGAAAACCAAACAGAAAAUUAGUUCGAUUGUGCAAGGGCGAAAGUUUCACUAGACUACGGUAGCUUUCUGAGGACAAAAAUUAUAGAUUUCAGGGGCAUUAUUGUCCAAUGGCUUUGGAGAAUGCUUCGAGCGACAAAAGAGAGCUCCCUCAAAUAUGUUUUGUGCUUGUGUAUUUUUAUGAAUUAAUUAGGAAUAAUAAUAUAGAUGUUACUAUGAUGUGGCAUACGCGCUCUCUUUGUUUUGGGAGAUGCUUGAAGGCAGUGAUUUUUUUUAUCUC